GGGGCCGGGGCCGGGGCCGGGGCCGUGGCCGUGCGCGCCCGCAGCCGGGGCGGGCGGGGCUCGUGAUGCUGCCUCCCAGGCGCUGCCGCACGUGUCGGGCCCGGGGGAAGGUCCCGGCGGGGCGGGGCGGGGCGGGGGUGCCGGGUGCCGGGCCAGCGCCGCACCAAUCCGCGCUCCUGGAUCCGCUCAUUUGUAUUUCCCCCCAGUGCCCCCGGGGCCGUUUGUGCUGGUGCCCUAAGGCGGCCGCAUGCCGCGGGUUUGGGCGGUGCUUUCCCGGGGCUAAAGGGCUGCGCGGGGCCGCAGGGAGCUGGGCUCCGUUGGCCGGUGCAGGCCCGUCAGCCGCCUGCCCCCCAGCGCAGCGCUGGUGUGUGGGGAAGGCCCUGGCCGUGCCCGGGAGGACCGGGUGAUCUCAGGGAGCGGAGAAGCUGGGAGCAGGGGUGUGCUCACGGGAGGGCCCCAGCCCCCUUCCCCAUGGGGGAUAUGGGUGGGACGCAGCUCUGCGGGCCCCUCCCCGAAGUGCAGGCAGAGCCCUAUCACUGUGCGUCCCUCCCAGGCGGGCUGAGCCGUGGAGUAGCCUUCAGGGCCUCACUCUCACUGCAUCCUGUCCCUGGCCCAUGCUCUUUCCCAUUUCCAAUCCUGGAGUCCCGCCAUGGCACCUGGGGGUGGCUGCUGGGGCAGACGGACCCCUCCUUUCUGGGCGCACAGCAGGGUUUUUUCCACGUGUCCAGUCAGAUGGGCAGUGGAAAGCUGCGUGGCCACAGGCUGCACAGACAACUGGCUUCUGUGCUCUGAGCUGUGGAAACCCACAUGCUGCGGGGUCAGCUGGGGCUCUGGCGGGGUGAGCUCCUACAGGGUCCCUGGGACUCGAUCCAUUUGGACAGAUGGGUCAUCCCCGCCCUGAUGUCCACGGGAAUGGGGGUGCAUACGUGCUGUCAGUCCCUUACGAGUCUGCCGUUAAUGACCUGGAAUCUUGUUUCUAGGUGACUUACAGGAGGUGCCAUCCACAGCGGUGCAGUUGCUUCAGCAGCACUCAGUCUAGUUUUACUGGGACUCUUUUACCCAGAAGGACCACUCUGAGCAGGGGGGUGGGAGGGGUGCUCAGGAGAGGAACUGGUUAGUGCCAGCAUGAUAUGAACACCAGAGACCAGGCUGAGAACCAACAGCAUGGCAUCGCAAGGGAAGCAGGUUUCAGUUCCCUCCUAUUGUCACAAGCAGGAUUUGGAUUUGGAGCCCUUGGGUCUGCAGAUGUUGCUUUCAGCAUCACUGAGGGCACAGUGCCUGUCUGGGGUAUGUGCCAGCCCCUGACCAGCACUGGGGUGGGGCUACCCCCACCCUGACUGACAUUCCUGGUUCAUGAGCCAGGGGCUUUUCAGUGUGUUGAAUAGACACGUAAUUCACUCUUUAAAAGCAGAACUGGGCAGCUGUAGCUGUGGUUGGCUGGGGAACAUGUGCUGUUUCCUCCAAGAUGCUUGUGAAAGCAGCCUGACAGCUACCCGGGUUGUCACUUAGAGCCAGGACACUGAGCCGAUCCUUGAGCACAGGAGAGCAGCUCCUGGCCAGCCAGUUGGGCACCGGCACUGCACAGGGGCGCUCAUUCUGAAACACAGCAGGAAGGACCCCAGGCCAGUCAUAAUCACAGGGCAUCCACCAUGACUGUGGUCCUCAUCUUUUGGAUCUGUGUCAUGCGCUGCCUUGGAGCUGGCCAGUCCCUCAGGGGGCAUGGUUGGGAGAGACCAUCUCCUGACCCCAUUGUCCAGGACAAGCCAUUUGUUGUGGUUUGGAACAUGCCCACGACAAAGUGCCAACAGCGAUUUGGGGUCGCCCUGCCUCUUGGGGACUAUGGCAUUGUGGAGAAUCAAGGCAAUGAGUUCCAGGGACAAAACAUGACCAUUUUCUACAAGAACAAGUUUGGACUUUAUCCAUACAUCUCCCAAGAGGGGAAACCCUACCAUGGUGGGAUACCCCAGAAAGUCCACCUCAAGAGGCACCUAGAGCAGGCCUCAUUGAAAAUCUGUGAGCUUCUGCAUCAGGACUUCCAUGGUCUGGCAGUGGUGGACUGGGAGGAGUGGAGACCGCUCUGGGUACGGAACUGGGGCACCAAGAGAAUAUACAGGGAGACCUCUGUGCAGUGGGUCUGGGAGAGGUUUCCAGAGUUGCCAGUCAAGAAACGAGCCCUCUUGGCUGAGGUGGAAUUUGAGGAAGCAGCACAAGUGCUCAUGGAGAGGACGUUGACACUGGGGAAGGCGCUGAGACCAGGGGGCUUCUGGGGCUUCUAUGGGUUCCCCAACUGUUUCAACAACAACUGGGAGAAAGAGGACAACUACACUGGCAAAUGCAGCCUGCUAGAGAUGGCACGAAACAACCAGCUCACGUGGCUGUGGGAGGUGUCCACUGCACUCUACCCGAGCAUCUAUCUUCCGCCCAAACUGCCAGAGUCUGAGCGCCGGCGCUAUGUCCACCACCGCCUGCUGGAGGCCUUCCGGGUGGCACGGUUCAACUUGGAGUGGAGCUUGCCUGUGAUAGCAUAUUCCAGGGUUUCCUAUAGGCUCUCCCCCAAAUACCUGUCUGAGGCUGAUCUGGUUAAUACCAUUGGGGAGAGCGCGGCCCUUGGUGUUGCUGGCGUGGUCCUGUGGGGGGACAGUUCCUACUCCCAUUCGGCUGACAGCUGCAAGAGCCUCCGUGAUUACAUAACCAGCACCCUGGGGCCAUAUGUAAUGAAUGUGACAACAGCUGCCCAACAGUGCAGCCACCAGCUGUGUCAUGGGCACGGGCGCUGUGUGAGACAGCACCCUCAGGAGCUUGGUGCCUUCCUUCACCUUGACCCAGAGCAGCAGGCAGAGGAGCCUGUGCUGACCAACCACCUGAGCAUGGACCAGUUGGGGCAUGAGGUGUGGCAGCUGUUUCAGUGCCACUGCUACCACAGGUGGACAGGUGCCAACUGUGAGAAACAGGUAUGGACUGAGCCCGUCAGGAACCCACUCUCCAUUCUGCCAUCACAGAGUCAGGAUGUCUGUGUUACAGGGCAGGACGGAAACACCUUACCAAGUUCAGAGGACUGCACUAACUUUGCUUACAAUGAGAAGACAGAUCUUUGAUGACCCUGUUGUCCAGAGAACAGUGGCCCCACAGCCUUCAGACUGUUCCUGGGCUGGGGGCGGCGGGGAGGGUGCUGCAUCUAUUUGCUCAUGACAGCUCUUUGUUGGAUCUGCCAGCUGCUGGUCUGCUGCUCCAAAGGUGCAAUGAGAGUCCCCAUCCCCUCCCCCAGUAAUCAAAAGUGUUUCUGCAUACAAAUAAAAUGAUCAAUGGUCUCACAACACAGGGCAAGGGAUGCCAGGGCCCUUAUA